CAGUAAUUAUUGCACUGCACGGCUGACUCUGCCUCUGGCUCGCUGUCUGGCUCUUCUUCUAGCUACCAUAGUUUUUCUCCGUGAACACGAAGGGGAGGGGAAUAAUUAAGCGAGGCAGGCAUGGCGGCGAAGAAGCCGAGUAGUGCUAUCGACAUGGCGGAGCUGGACCCGGUGCUGCACGGGGUGGGCUUCGAGAUGCAGGAGGUGUCGCCGUCGCUGCUCUCCGGCCGGCUCCCGGUCACGGAGCGCUGCUGCCAGCCGUUCAAGGUGCUGCACGGCGGCGUGUCGGCGCUGGUGUCGGAGGGCCUGGCCAGCAUGGGCGCGCACAUGGCGUCCGGCUACCGCCGCGUCGCCGGCGUGCACCUCGCCAUCAACCACUUCCGCAGCGCCGCCCUCGGCGACGUCGUCCUCGCGCGCGCCGUCCCCGUCCACCUUGGACGCUCCACCCAGGUGUGGGAGGUGAAGCUGUGGAAGAUGGACCCGUCGGAGGAGGGGAAGAAGGGCCCGCAGAUCUCCGAGUCCAGGGUCACGCUGCUCUGCAACCUGCCCGUGCCGGACAACCUGCACCACGCCGGCGACGCCCUCAAGAAGUACGCUGCCGCAGCAACGACGACAACCACCCCCACCAGCAAACUGUAACUAGUACUAGUAUCACCCCUCUCCGUGUAUAUUUACUACUCCAUAUAAUUUUCCACUUCUUGUUUGGUCGCCUAUCGAGCGAUUAAAAAUCCAAGAGCAAACAAAACCCUAUCAAUUACUCCUUUUUUCUUUUGAUUUGACAUUAUCCUAUCGGUUACUCCUUUUUCUUUGGCAUUAUCCUAUCAGUUACUUUCACCAGCACUCCUUUGUAAACUAAUAUAAGAGUGUUUAAAUCAUUAUUUUAAUAUUUUAUAAACGCUUUUAUAUUA